UAAGUAAGAGAAUUCAAAUUCCGACACAUCAUUGAAAAUGUAAAGCUCUUCAAAAUAUACUUAAUAUUGGUAAAACGUAUACUGAGUAAUUUGUCUGCAUAGCGCAGCAGCAGUAAGUUCGUAAAUAACAGAGCACCUUUUAUUCUAAAAUCAAUUCCUUUUACAGUUAGUUUUCAUAGGACCUUCAUCACAGUUGGAAGCCAAAAAAGCACACGAAGUUUUGUUAAAUAAUUUCAAUUCAAAUUGGAAGUUUUAGGAAGUGUGAAGUGUUAAGUUUUUGAAAAAAAAAUAUCAAAACGAAAAUUCUAAAAGAAUUCGAAUUCUGCAAAGCAAUUUUCUACAAAAUCAACCAAAUAACGAAAAACACGAGUGAAGCAAUUCUGUGCUGCACGCGAUUUAAAAAAAAUCACUAACCCCUUUUUUCUGUAUCGUCGCAGUUGUCCCCAGUACUCUUUCAAUUCGAAUAUCUGUACAGAAACACGUUGAACGUUGAACAUUGCCUUCCUCUUAGAGUUUGUGUCUGCAAAAUCUUUUACGCACGUACACUGACAUACAAACAUAUUCAUUGAUUCAAAAACUUGUGCGAAAUAGACAAAAACGCUAAAAUACAAAAGCACAGCAAAAGUAGCAACAAUUUGAUUAAAGACAGCAGUUAGAGAAAAAAAACUAACAACUUUCAAAUCAAAUAAUCAAACGGACAUGUUCUCCGGUUUAACAAAUCAGUUUACCUCAUUAGUUGGCGCCGUUAAAGGUGGCCAAACUGAUGAGGAUGCGUCAGCACCAACACAGGAUGCAAGCGCUGCUGAUGCGACAGUUACUGCCGGUGGUGCUACACUAGAACAGGAUGCUAAUGCUGCAGCCGGUGGUGAACAUGCUGAGGGCGAGGAAGGCGCAAAAAGGUAAGUUUAAGUUAUAUUCUAA